UUGAUUUUCUUCCCCAUUUCCCCGUUUCCCCUCUUCCAGAAAUCCCUAGCACCGACUGCCCUCCUCCAUUUUUUUCUCAACCUCUACCUCCGGCACCGAUCCACCUCCAGUCCGGUAGCAAUCCACCUCCGGUCCUCCAUGGCUCCACCCAUUUCCCGUUUCCCUUUUUCCACAAAUCCCUAACCCCUUGCCCGACUGCCCUCAUCUCUUUUUUUUUCUCACCUUUCACCUCCGGCACCAAUCCACCUCCAGUCCUCCACGGCUCCACCCAUUUCCAGAAUCAGAGGAUGGCUCCAGAAGUUAUGCAGCAACUGCAUGGUUAUGACUUUAAAGCAGACAUCUGGUCUUUGGGAAUAACAGCUCUUGAACUUGUUCAUGGCCAUGCCCCAUUUUCCAAGCAUCCACCGAUGAAAGUUUUGUUGAUGACCUUGCAAAAUGCUCCUCCUGGUCUUGACUACGAAAGGGACAAGAGGUUCUCAAAGUCUUUCAAGGAGAUGGUAGCCACUUGCUUAGUGAAGGACCCAAAGAAACGUCCAGCAUCCGAGAAGCUUUUGAAGCACCAUUUUUUUAAACAUGCACGCUCCUAUGAUUCUCUUGUUCAUACCAUUCUGGAUGGCCUUGCUCCAUUAGGUGAAAGGCUGCUAAAGACAAAAGAAGCUGAUCUUCUUGUACAGAAUAAAGCUCUCUACAAGGACAAUGAGCAAUUAUCAUAGGUAAAUACUGGAGUUCUUAUAUUUGUCAAAAGUAACGGAUAACACUAGGUUAUUUCCUGUCGUACUAGUAUUUUAGGUUUUUGUAUUCUAGUGCUUUGUUACACCAACUUUUAAUAUUUUCUUUAAGUAUCAGUGUCCAAAACACAUCUUGAUACAAGUAUGGGGAUAUGACCUCUAAAUACAUGAAAACAACUUGGAAAAUUUGAACAUACCUGUAUUUGGAUCUCACACUUGAGUCAUAGAAACAUAAUUCGAGGCUACCAGCUCCACAUUCAUCUCAAGUUUUAAGACUAAGCGAAACUAUUGCAGCUGCUUUUAGUUUGAUGGAUAAUGCCCAUGUAUAUCUGUAUGUCAAAAAAUAUGAUAAUAUUAUAUAACUUUGGAUAUGAA